UUUUUUUUUUAGGAAUUUGAGGCUCUGUUCCACAUUUUUCUCCCCUUCUAUCAGGCUCCAUCUAUAGUGGUAGCCAGGCACCACCUAAUUCUCAUCUCAGGGUAGAUGAGGCUGUGGUUUGUAACUUGUUUUUUGAUGUAAGAAGUACAAAGAGUUAUGGGGGCACUGAGGAGGGACCUAUCCAAGGCAGGGACCGGGGAUGCUUCCUGGAGGAGAUAUGAGUGUGAGUAAGGGGGGUGGUAGGAGAAGGGCAAUGUUUUGGGCACAGUCAGCUUCAGGUGAGGUCUUGAGGGAGGGAUGUUAGAAGAACAGAAAGUUUAUAGAGAGGUUGGAUCUGGGGGUGGGAGGAUUUCCUGAGAAACCAUUUGGUGAGUAGGGAAGGCAGAUAGCAUGGGUUUGGUUAUUCAUCCGAGCCCUGGUGGUGAAAUGGUUAAGAGCUUGGCUGCUAACCAAAAAGUCGGCAGUGUGAAUCCAAAAGCCACUCCUUGCAAACACUUUGGGGCAGUUCUACUCUGUCCUAUAGGGUCGCUAUGAGUCGGAAUCGACUCAACAGCGAUGGGGUGGGUUGGGGGUUAGCCAUUGUCUUAGUCAUCUAGUGCUGCUGUAACAGAAAUACCACAAGUGGAUGGCUUUAACAAAGAGAAGUUUAUUCUCUCACAGUCCAAUAGGCUAGAAGUCUGAAUUCAGGGUGCCAGCUCCAGGGGAAGGCUUUCUCUCUCUGUAGGCUCUGGAGGAAGGUCCUUGUCUUCAGUCUUCCUUUGGUCUGAGAGAAUCUCAGCGCAGAAACCUCACGUCCAAAGGAUGUACUCUGCUUCUGGCACUGUUUUCUUGGUGGUAUGAGGUUCGCCUGUCUCUCUGCUUGCUUCUCUCCCCUACAUUCCAAAAAUGGCUGACCUAAAACACUGUCCAAUCCUGUAGAUCUCAUCAAUAUUACUGCCACUAAUCCAUCUCACCACAGCAUAGUGACAGAAUCCACAACACAUAGGGAAAUCACAUCAGAGACAAAAUGGCAGACAAUCACACAAUACUAGGAAUCAUGACCCAGCCAAGUCGACAGAUAUUUUGGGGGGACACAAUUCAAUCCAUAACAGCCAUCUUACAAAGUUUGGAUUUUAUCCUAAAGCAGUGACAGUGAGAAGCCUUUGAAGGAUUUCAGGAGUUGAGUCUGGGAGGAUGGUGAGGAUGCACAGAGAGAGAGAGAGGCUGUGAGAGUGGGAGCAGAGAUAGAGGGAAGAGAAUGAACACCAAAACCUCUUUAGGAGGAAAAUGAACAGGCCUGGUGACACUGGAUGAUGGGUGGGGUGAAAGGGCCCCAGAGUUUCUGCUUUUGUCAGUUGGGUGGAGGGUGGGGCCGCCUGCUGCCAUAGGACAGAAGCCAGAUGACAGGAAGGAGUAAGAGGUGAGGUAGUAGGGAAAGCCAGUGUAGAGGUCUCCUGAGAAGCCUGUGAACAGGACAGACAGGCUCCGGAUGCAGGGUUGACUUUUUCAGAAAGAACAUUGGUGGGAAGAAGUCUUCAGAGGGGCAGGCACAGCCUCUGGGAAGAGGAUGGCGCUGGAUAGCAUUGCUGGUUCCAGUAGCCUGUCCUCUGAGACCUGGGGGUAGGGGUUAUCUACUUCAGAGCCCACUGUAUAUAUAGGCUGGAACCUGGAGGUCCUGAGUUCGAGGGAGAGAGAAGUGACAGCAGAGCUAGGCAAGGACUGGGUCCACAAUCUCCAAGGCACCUCUCUGCCCACCUGGGUUCCAGAUCAAACCCUUUGCUUACUGGCCCAUUUCACGAGCUGAACCAGUCCCUGUCAGCCCAAUCUGGCCUGUAGAGGUCCAGGCAUGGUCACUUCCACCUUCAGGAGGCUAUGCUGGUCUGGGGCACUGGGGACUAGGGCCCAGAGCCAGACCUGGGUCUGCCCCGGGGAUCCCUUAGCCCCCGGGGAGAAAGAUUGAAGUGAUUGCCUAUGAAGUUAAAGUAAACAAGAUUGGCCCACUGUCAUGUAUCCCAGUGGGUGGAUGGGGAGAGGGCCAAGGAAGGACAGAAAAAAGAGUCCUGGACUUAAUUUCAGAAGACCUGGGGUAUUGCUCUUUUAUGCCUGUGUGAUUCUGAGAAGCAGUGUCCCCACCUGGACAUGAGCAAAGAGAACCCCUGCCAGGGCUGUGAGAAUUGACUGUACUGUUGUGUGUGUGUGUCUGGUAGGGAGCACGACAGCGCCUGGAGUAAGGAGGCGGCUGUGUGUACCAGGGGCAGUUAUGUGCCCUGGCUGACAGAACCAGAGCUGCGGUGAACUGAGACGAUCUCCGAAGGUCCGACCCCGCCGGCAUUGCGGCCAAAUCGAUGCCUGAGGGCUCCUGGCAACACGGGUCCCGCCCCACUCUGGAGAAGCUUCUUUCAGUUGAGCCUUCCCAACUAGAGUCGAUCCGUGAGGAGGAUCCCUCUCAGAGUUUGGCCUCCACUCGGAGACUGCCCUCCCGGCGCUUGGGCGGAGCUGAGCUCCAGAUGUCCCGGCGCGCACAGCUGGAGAGUCACGUGGCAGCGGCCCCGGGCCCCCCCUUCCUGCCAACGCUGCAUUUGGCCCAGGCCCCGUCCAUGGCCGCCCCUAGGACCCCGCGCUGAGCCCCGGAGGCCCCGGCGUGAGUGUCUGGAUCCCAGGGACCGGCUUGCGGAGGGAGGAAUGAAGAGCUGGGGCCCCAAAGAGGGAGGUGCGGCCGGGAGAGUUGGGCCGAGGCUCCCUGCGUCUCCCAUUCCGGGCCUGGGGACACUGGUCUGGGCCGGGGCUGAAGGUGGGGGGUUGGAACUUUCUCCUUUUCCGGAGGGUGUAUCAGGGCCCCGAGUCGAACGAGCGGAGGUGGAGACCCCUGGAGCGUAGCCUCCGCCCCCUUCCUUCGGGGAGGCGGGUCCAGGAGCCCCUGCCAAGCUCCCGCCUUGAGAGCCCCUGACUGCGUCUCUCCGCAGGGGGCGCCGGCGCCGGCCACGCCGACAUGCGUCGGAGGCUGCGCCUACGCGGGGACGCGGCGCUCACGCUGGUCCUUGGCGCCGCCCUUGGCCUCCUGCUCUACGUGCAGCGCGACGGCGCGGCCCCGACGACGAGCGCUCCGAGACCGCCAGUAGGGAAGGAGGUGCGGAGGCCCAGCUCAGUGCCCCGUGCAUUCCAGGCACCAGACGAGGGCACAGCCCUCUUGGCCUACGAAGGGGACACACCGGCACCGCCCACGCCCACGGGACCCUUUGACUUCGGCCGCUACCUGCGCGCCAAGGACCAGCGGCGCUUCCCGCUGCUCAUUAACCAGCCGCACAAGUGUCGCGGCGAUGGCGCACCCGGCGGCACACCCGACCUACUCAUCGCUGUCAAGUCGGUUGCUGCAGAUUUCGAGCGGCGCCAAGCCGUGCGCCAAACGUGGGGUGCAGAGGGCCGAGUGCAGGGGGCGCUCGUGCGCCGUGUGUUCUUGCUGGGCGUGCCCAGGGGCGCGGGCGUGGACGGGGCUGACGCUGAAGAGGAGGGCACGCGAGCGCAUUGGCGCGCCCUGCUGCGCGCUGAGAGCCGUGCCUACGCGGACAUCCUUCUCUGGGCCUUCGACGACACUUUCUUCAAUCUAACGCUCAAGGAGAUCCACUUCCUGGCCUGGGCCUCAGCCUUCUGCCCCGACGUGCGCUUCGUUUUUAAGGGUGAUGCCGACGUAUUUGUGCACGUGGGAAACCUGCUGGAAUUCCUGGCGCCGAGGGACCCAGCACAGGACCUGCUUGCAGGUGACGUGAUUAUGCAAGCUCGGCCAAUCCGCGCGCGGGACAGCAAGUACUACAUCCCCGAGGCUGUGUACGGCCUGCCAGUCUACCCGGCGUACGCAGGUGGCGGUGGCUUCGUCCUUUCGGGGGCCACAUUGCACCGCCUGGCAGGUGCUUGCGCACAGGUUGAGCUCUUCCCCAUCGAUGACGUCUUUCUGGGCAUGUGUCUUCAGCGCCUGCAGCUCACACCCGAGCCUCACCCCGCUUUCCGCACUUUUGGUAUCCCCCGGCCUUCUGCUGCGCCACACCUGCGCACCUUCGACCCCUGCUUUUACCGAGAGUUGGUCCUGGUGCACGGGCUCUCAGCCGCUGACAUCUGGCUUAUGUGGCGCCUGCUGCACGGGCCGCGCGGGCCAGCCUGUGCGCAUCCGCGCCCUGCCGCUGCAGGGCCCUUCCGAUGGGGCCCCUAGCCACCCAUUACUGCCCAAGGGCAUGGCCCAAGGUCCCUGAACUCAGACCCAGGAUGGAGUGGGUGGAGGCUGGAAGGGGUUUUCCAGAUUGGUGGGUUAUUGCGGUCUAUGUGGUUCUUUUCCAGGAAGGAGGGGAGUUUGGGAUCUGGCCACGAGAUACUACGGUGUAGUCUCCACAGAGUCCUAAGAAUGGAGGUUGAACUUGGCUCCUGCUGGCCCACUCUGCAGGGAGUUGGUCUGGGACCAGUCUAACGGCAACCCCCUGAGAUAGUCAGGGAUGAGGUGGCGGACCCGUGUUUAGUCUUCCCAGUUAAGUAGGUGUGUACUGCGGGUGGGUGGCGGGGUGCUCCUGUGCUUAUUCCUUGGUUUGGAACCCCUGGGAUGAUGCAGGGGAGGCCUUUCUCAAGGCUGACCCACCUGGAGGUGUGGGGGGCCUGGCCUCAGCCCUCAUUCAGCUGGCACCAUCCUGCCACCACUCAACCUGAAGGCACAAGUUGUGCUUCCUCCCUGUCCCUCCAAAUUGGAUUCCCAGCUGUGUCCAGGUCUUUAGCUCUCCCCAUCUUGAAGUCUGCUUUCCUGGACCCAACCCCUCCUGGGUUCUGGUCUGGCUGACACAUGAAGGAUGGAGCCCCACACACAGGGUCUACUGAGUGCCUGGUCCCACCUAGUCUUUCCCCAUCCCCAAUUACCCAUGACACAAGAACCUCCACCCACACAAUUAUGCCAGUCUCCUGCUGGAGGCUGUAGAGCCAAGGACUGUUUUUCCCCUAAAACUCCUCUUCCAUAAAAUUGCCCAUAUUCUUUAACUCCCCUUUCUCAACAAAAAACUAACACCAUCACACUUAUUUUAGUAUAAACAUCCCAGCAACAGCACAUGGUGGGCAGUUGCUCAGGGCAUAGGUGCUUUAUUGGGGCGGGUAAGGAUAGAGAUGAGGAAGGUGGAUGGAACAGUCCUGGCUGCCCCUGAUGGGAUGUGUGGGAGUCUCUGGCCAGGCCACGGUCCACAUGGGAAGACACCACAGUCAAGUCAUAAAGUCAUGGGAGUGCCACAACAGCCCUGGGCUGUUGGCCCAGGAACCACAGAAGCCUGGGGCAGGUCCCCUGCGCAUUCAUCACUAGACUAUACAGGAUGAGGCUGUACAUGAGUUAAUUACAAAAGAAUCAUAUUUACAAAAAUCUGUACACACACUUGAAAAACUCACAAAAUUGUCAUCUAUGUAUCACAAGUUGCUAGACCAAAAUAUUAAAAAUGGGAUAAAAUUAUCUAUUUCUCUCCUCAAUUCUUUUCAAAAGGUUAAUAUUUUUAAAGCACAUAUGCUACUUUCCUUAGCAAGACCCAUGAAGAGACCGAACAGACCCUCCUUGAGCCCCCAGAGGCCUGGCCAGGGGACACUGCCCAAGGCAGCAGCAGGGAGCCAGCCCACAGUGCAGAAAAGAAUGCUGAAACACACCAAAGGAAGGAAGAUGUCUUUGGCUAAAACUUUGGCAUCAAAUAAAAGAGGCAAACAGAA